UAAUAGCCAUCAUUUUAUUUACCGACGCGUUUAUGGCUGUGUGUAUGUGCUUCCCCACGUCUGUCGCUGGUGUCCCUCAGCUGAAACUUUCCUCCCCUCAGUGUAUGUUUUUUGGUUGCCAGGGGUGGAGCAAACAAACCUCUGUCUCCAGACCGUGGCUGACAUUAUUUUCAUCCUCGCUUACGUCUUGGGCCGCAGUUCCGCAUUCCUCAGCCCUCACAGACAAGAUCAGUAGCGUACUUAAACGGGGCUGAUGCAACGACUUCAGCUAGUCGCAGAACCUACAUCCUAAGUCCCAAACCGUGCUUUUAUUAGAGCGGAUUUUGGACGCACAACAGCGGCGGUGGUGGCCGGGUUGGACAUGAUGCCGGGACAGAUACCUGACCCUUCGCUGGCGGCGGGCUCCCUGCCUAGCCUGGGUCCGCUGGCAGGCAUCUCGGCCACCACGCUCACAGAUCAACUGAAACUGGCCGACUUCCGCCAGCUGGGCACCAUGCUAUCCCCCCUGCAUUUCCUGGGGAGGCUGGGGAAGAGGCCGCUGGCCAUCAAGACAGAGAUGGAUGAAGAUGAGGAACGGAGGAAACGGAGACGAGAGAAAAACAAGGUAGCAGCAGCACGAUGCCGAAACAAAAAGAAGGAACGGACCGACUUCCUUCAAAGGGAGUCAGAGCGCCUAGAGAUGGUGAACUCUGAGCUGAAGGCCCAGAUCGAGGAGCUCCGUAUGGAGAGGCAGCAGCUAAUGGUGAUGCUCAAUCUCCACCGGCCCACCUGCAUUGUGAGGACCGACAGCGUCAAAACACCCGAGAGCGAGGCCAACCCCCUGCUGGAGCAGCUGUCCACUGACACCAAGUGAAACCACAAACCCAGGGAUGUGGAAUCCCUAGCACCACCGUAUCAGCCGUCAAUAUGAAAACAUAACUGGCAAUUUCCUAAGAAGCACUUGAGCUCCAAACUGGAGACUUCUGAAGACUCUGCCCAAAGACCCGAGGUUGUAGGUCUUACUCAGAACUGCUACAUGAGCUGGCUCUGUCCAUUGGAAGACUGGAAAUACCCAGUUUCAUCUCCGCAUUAAAUGUUGUUGUUGACACACGCUGUGCCUAGUUGUUACUUCAACCAUCUCUAUAUUAAGGGGACCAGUGGAAACAUCACAGUAUGACUGGAAACAAUGCUGAGGAAACACACUAAUAUCACUAUGGUGCUCUGUCACAAAAGCUCUGCAUAGACUGUGUGGCACUAUUUCAGCGUAGAGGCCCAGGAAGGCUAAGUGUCCUGCAGUUUUCCUUUGUACGCUAGCCGAAAUAUACAGGUUUAGAGUUUUUAGGAUCCAAUACUCUGUACAAGUACACCAGACAAAGUAGAGUUCUUUUGUUUUUGUAAUGUUGAUUUCUGUACCCUGCCUCGACGAUGGCAGUUACUGGUUGAUCCGAGUUGUGGUGACGCUGGCGUCAUGAAAAGCACAUAUACACAAAAUGUUUACACCCGUGUUUUUUUUUUUUGGACGUGUUGUCUGUCCAUUAUUGUACUUGUUUUAUACUACUUUGUAUACAUAAACGUAUGAAAUGCUUGUUAAUCACUUGAUGUGAUUUGUCUUUUUGGUCUCUCCAGUCUGUCCGUGUCACGUUUGCGCUGUCUAACAGCUGUGAAGACUUUUCAGCGGAGCAGUAUUUCAGCGUCUGUUCUGGACCUGUAUUUGCUAUGUAUGACUCUGUUACUUCGAAUAGAUUAAACUUUAUUUUCUAACUAC